GUCCACAGUGUGCGGAAUGAUCAAAACAAUAAUUGUUUGUUGAUCUUCGCAUUUAGCAAGGACACGAGUAUUCGCCCAAGUCUUUGAUGUGAGGACUAGUGAAAGGCUGGAUAUGCAGAUGAUGGCAAAGAUUGGUGUUUCUAAUAAUCUUUUUCAGAUUUGUUUUUGCUUUUUUGGAAAAUAGGUUUGGUGUAAAUUAGACAAAAAAAAUGCCUCCACGUGGUCGUCGAAAUAACCGGCACGGAGGAGCAGGUGCAGCUCCUGGCGGAGAAGGAGCAGCAGCACCUGGCGGAGGGGCAGCCGCAGCUCCCGGCGGAGGUGCCGCGAAUGGCGUGGUCGCAGCGGGUGCCGCGGCUGCAAGAGAAAAUGCGCAGAACGCUCCGUUUCCAUUGUUCAAGGAUGGUCGGAGUUUCAAUCAGCUACAGUGUUCCGUAGCAAAUUUGGAGAUGGAUCGUGCGGAGAAAACUACCAGGCGCAAAGUGAACAACCUUGUUCUAAAUGUACAGUUACGACUAUUAAUGUCAAGUUGGAGCAAAAUAGUAACUGUAAUUUUUUUCAAUCUAAGUUUUUGACCAUGACUCAGACGUUUCCCUAGCAUCUUUCGUAAUGAUGUGAUUGUGAGGAAAUCAGUUAUACAGCACGAAGCAUCACCGAAGAAGGAGGAUGUCGUAUAAGACGUGUCCAGGUUUUUCGAAUCUUAUGUGGGACCAAUGAAUUGUUGCAGGUAUGGGAUAUGUGUGGGGCAAAACGAACACAGCGCGCUGCUAUUGGUGGAAUCCCGAGUGACGUCAAGCGAAAUAUACUCGAGUUCAUGGGAGACGAGAAGACCGCGAAUUUCGCAAAUUUUAACAUCAAGUGGAAUGCGAAGCGCCUCUUGGCUAUAGUUAAGGCGAACGAAUUCGAGUUGUCAUACUCAGAUCGAUAGCCUGUCCUGGCCUUAUCGAGAAAACUGCGAGUUUUUUAAUGUAACUCGACUCAAAUUACACUUUUUGUAAGUCGACUUUUCAAUUCAGACAAUGCGUGGGGCUCCAGAGGUCGGACUUGUCUAAACUUUGUGCGUUGAUUAUACUCAACGAUUUGAGUGAAUGAAGGCAUUGCCUUACUUCUUCAGGAUAUUGGUUUUUCCUUGCGCUAAAAAUACAGAACAGGUUAAGCUUGGUUACGCAGAGAAGAUCGUUGAGAAUCUUCUGAAAGAGUGCGAGGGUGCGGCGAGGCGGGCGGGAAAUACCCAGGUCUCGGUUACUUGGGAGAAGGGGGUUGCAGGGACGCAAGUGGGAGGGCCAAUUAGCGGCAUGGAAGAUUAUGAUGCAGGCAAGUUGAAUCUGUGGACUUGGACCUUCACCUUUUUCGGCUCGACGCUUGGCGCGUUGAUUGGUGACGCAGGUUUUCGCUACGCUAUUCUCAAAUCAAACCCGGAAGCAGAGAAAGACGAAGACAAGAGGUGCGGAAAAAAGUGCAUAUUGCGUAUUGAGUGGGGAAGACCUAUUUGAAGAGGGUAGUCUGUACUGGGACUAAUUUUUCCGUGAUAAUGUCAGCUUCGUGACAUCCUAUCUCAGUGAAUCUAGGAUAUUAGUUCGUUCGAGAAAGAAGCAAACUGGUACCUGAUAAUUCACAAGGUGCAAAAGAGUCGGACCUUUUUAUCCAAAACGUGACAGUUAGUGUUUAUCAUUUGACAUCUGACUCACCCUAUGUAUAUGCCUAUCUUAGGCCUGUGAUGGUCUGAUUCCCCCAUCGAAUGCGAAAGUUACAGGACGUCGCACCAUAUCCGACGCAUUUCUGCUAACCUCUUCUCUUGCUUUCCGAGGAGAGCCCCUUUCCGAACUGUAUGGUUUGUUUUGGUUUUCUUUCUCAACGACAGUACAUACCCGAGGAAGCAACGUGCGGGUUUUCGUAGAGAAGACAGCGCUUGUUUCAGGAUGCGUCUGAAGGCGAUUGAGAGUGAGGCUUGAUACAGG